AUGUUGCUCAACGGCGGCGGCCGCCGCCUACGCAUCUUUCUGCUGACCGUUAUCGGCCUGCUCGGCGUCAUUUUCCUCUGGGCCACCAGUGCUACGGACAGCACCCAGCUGAAGGAAGCCGUAGCGUCAUGGCCGGCCGCAGUGGCAUCGCAUUUUGCAUUUGAUGGAGGCGGAAGCCAAGACGGGGACGUCGGCGGCGGCCGGAAAUACGACGAACCAGUACCGCCACCAUCCGCACUGCCGCCAACGGGCGACAGCCAUGACGCGGGCGUAUCAUCAAUGGGGGCGACCGGCGCACCCUACUUUGUCCUCAUUGGGGACUCGACCACCUGCGGCCAGGCGAAGGGAGGCGGCGGCUGGGGCGAUGCCUUUUUGUGGCAGCUGGCCCGCGGCGCCCAAGGCGUCAACUAUGGCGUCAACGGUGCGCUAUCCACCGGCUACUUCCACUCGCCCAUUUGGAAUGCCGCCAUGCAGGAGGUCCGCACCAAUGCACUCGCCCGGCCCGUCUACGUCACCGUCCAGUUUGGUCACAACGACCAGAACCCCAACAGCAACGUCACCCUCGACAUGUACCAGGACACCCUGGUGGGCAUGGCCCGCGAGGUCUUGGAGGCCGGCGGCACGCCCUUCCUCGUCACGCCGCUCGCCCGCCGCGACUUUGACCUGGACGAGACAACCGCCAUCGACAACCUCAAGGACUACCGCGAGCGCACCCUGCAAGCGCAUGCCGUCCUCCAAGGCGACGAGGCCAGCAAGAAGGCGCGGGCCAUCAACCUCAACGCCGCCAGCCUCGCCUACAUUGGCGCCAUUGGCAAGACCGCCGCCUUCCGCUACAACAAGUGGCACCCCUUCCUCAACGACACCACCCACCUCAACGAGCUCGGCGCCACCGUUUUUGCGCGCAUUGUGGCUGACCUGAUGCUGGGCCACCCGGCGGCCCUCGUGCCUUCCGGCGAGCGGGAUCCCUGGGCACCCGGUGCGGGCAACGACGACGGCGGCCUGUCGGGCUGGAUCCGUCCGGAUCCGUACAUGACGGGCCUUGUCUGGCACGGCGAUGCCAUUUAG